AUGGAGACUUCCAACAUUACCACUCAUCCCACCACGGUUGAGCAGGCCAAGGCCUUCACUGCGCCUGGCUCUCUGUCCUUCCCCGGCGGCGCCCAGGAGUUUGCUCCCCUGGCUCCCAACGGUCAGGUCAGCAACCAGCAGGUCGCAAACGGCAAUGGGGUGACUCCCGCGACCCCCGCUGCGACGCCUGGUGCCUUGGUGGGCGGUAGUGGCCUCACACCCACGCUUCAGAACAUCGUUGCCACGGUCAAUCUCGAUUGCCGCCUGGACCUCAAGACGAUUGCCCUGCACGCGAGGAAUGCCGAGUACAACCCCAAGCGUUUCGCCGCUGUUAUCAUGCGUAUCCGCGAGCCCAAGACGACCGCGCUGAUCUUCGCCUCUGGCAAGAUGGUUGUCACUGGUGCCAAGUCCGAGGACGACUCGAAGCUUGCCUCGCGCAAGUACGCUCGAAUCAUUCAGAAGCUCGGCUUCAACGCCAAGUUUACCGACUUUAAGAUUCAGAACAUUGUCGGCUCGUGCGACAUCAAGUUCCCCAUUCGUCUCGAAGGUCUGGCGUCCCGCCAUCACAACUUCAGCUCCUACGAGCCUGAGUUGUUCCCUGGUCUCAUCUACCGCAUGAUUAAGCCGAAGAUUGUGCUUCUCAUCUUCGUCAGCGGUAAGAUCGUUCUCACGGGCGCCAAGGUCCGUGAGGAGAUUUACCAGGCCUUUGAGAUGAUCUACCCCGUGCUGCAGGAUUUCCGCAAGGUCUAA